GUUGACAAGCCAUCCACUCGGAAAGCCCAAGCACUACAUCGGAGACCAAACCCAACGAGCGUUACAAGCCGCGCAGAUGAAAUGGAGCGAGUUCGAGGACAUGAAAUCAGACAGAUCCACAACACCUGCAGUCGCUCGGCCGUCGCGUGUCCUACAAUGGCCACAAGUUCUCGAAUGGGUCGACAGCGGAUUCCUCGAAGCCUUGCUGAGGGAAGGAACCCAACCAGGCGAAGAGACACAGCUCAUCCCUGUCGAAGACAUAGCCGAAGCGUGCGUGCAAGCGGUACACGUCGUGUCCGGCGAAAGCACGCACCGCAUCGUCACCCGCCUGAUCUCGCAACUACACAAGUUCGUGGAUGUCUUCGGAACACUACGUAUCGACGCCGCGCAUCAUCUGGAUCCCAUGAAAGCCCCGGCAUCGCAAAUCGCAACGGUGAGGCUGCGAUCGUCGUUUGCGACGAUGUCGCGAUUCGGUCGAUUGCUCGCGCUCUUGCUUUCGUCGUCGGCGUCGAUUGCGUCGAGCUUCGCUGAGUCGCAUGGCUUGACGCUCAUCCUUGAGCUUUACUCUCUCCUUGCUCACAAACUCCCCACAAAUGUUGGUGCAUUUGACAUGGCAAACUUUGACGUUCAAGAUGAAGUUUUACCCGGUGAAGUUUAUGAGCCCCACUUCCAUCAAACCAAGACAUGCAAAAGUCAUGUAUCCCACCAUCCUAAACCUAACCCUAAACCACAACCAUUGUGGGUUAAUCACCAUGAAAACAAACGCAAGUCUUCAUCUAAAGCAACCAUGCCUUUGACCAUAGCAGCGCACGAGGUAUCUGUAUCUUCACCAAUCUUGCAUAGUUUUUUCACAAGGAACUUGAUGGUUGUUGAAGACGCAGCAAGAACAGAGAGCAAUUCGGAAUCCAACUUGUUGCAAAAGAAACAUGACUGUGUGGUGGCAGUUGGGGAUAACAAAUUGGGGUCUGUGGGUAAAAGAGAUGAUGACAUAGAAGUGGAUUAUUUCCCAUUGCUUACAUUGGAAAGAGUCAUUGGUAUUAUUUGGCGGACAAAGCUUUCUUUAUUGCAAUCGUUCAUAAGUGUGUGGGAGUCUCAAAGCAUAUUCAUGAACAAGUGUAAAAUAGAGAUGAAGCACAUGUUUUCACAGGAAACGAAGUCGGUGGAGUUUCUUUCAUGGUUCCUUUCAGAUCUCAUGGAGGGUCAUUUGAGUACUUUGGGAUUUGCUCAUGUUUGUGAAAGUGUCACAAAAUCAAUCUUCAAGGUUAUUUGUUUAUUAGACAAUGAUUUGUUGGAGAAUGAUGCAUUUGCAUGGCAUCAUGUCCAAAAGAUUCAAUGCAAUGCUCAGUACAUGACAGAAGGGCCUUGGUGGAGCGGACCAGGGCCCCCACAAACUCAAUUGUUAAAAACAAAGCUCUCUGAUUCUCUGUUGAUGGAGCUUAAAAAAAAAAUAGAUCACAUAAUUUCUAACUUGAUGACUACUUUGUCAAACAAUCCUUUGAAAGACGUUCAAAAGUUUAGCACUUGCAAAACUUUUCAUCAAAAAAACAAUAGCGUACAUUUUUGGAUGUUAUGGGUUCAUUUGGCUUGUUUGAUUAUGGCCUUAUCAAAUUAUAUAAUCUAUUGGCCAAAGAAGAAAUCAAGUUUCAAAGAUGUUUUGGAAUAUUGUGGUGAGAAUUUUCAUCAUGUAUUAACGAUUCUUUCUAAUUUAGGACCCGUGUCAAGUUGGAUUCCCCCACAAAUUCUCACAAUGCAAAGUAUUCUGAAAAUUUUGGGGCUAUGUAUCCAAGAUUCUACAACUGCAAAUGCUAAAGAAAAUUGGAGCCCAUAUGGAAAAAUAUUAUGGGAGAUGAUGAUUGACAAGUGGACACAUUGGAAUUGCAUACAAUCUUAUAUAAGUUGGUUGACCCUUGAAGCAUGUCAAAGUUGUUUGAAUAAUGUAUUCAACAAUUUCCAAAAGGAGUUGAAUGAGUCCAUUCAUUCAUAUUACUUUUCCCUUGAGAAUCAACUAAAUGUAAAAAAAUAUUUAUCAAAUGAUUUCGAAAUAUUUCAUUCUUCAAAGUUUUUUAAAAAGAAAGGAAUUGUAUUUCUUCAUUUGGUUGUAAUGCUAGUGAAACAAAAGAUUUGCACUUACAAUGAAAACUUUUGCAAAAGAAGUGAAUUGCAAUAUUUUUGUGACGAUGAUGCCUUGUGGUUCCUUCAAGAGAUUAUGAAUCCUAGUCACGGCCUUUUGUUUUUGGCUAUUAAAAAUAAGUAUACCAAAGAGUGUGAAGAAUGUGAAAUCAAAAAUCCCAAUCAAAAUUUUUCUCCGGAGAUUAUUUUUAAUAUUAAACAACAAAGUUUGAUCCUUCUUGCUCAAAUUUUCAGCCUGCAGUUCUUUGCUCUGAAACCACGAGCACUUAAAACAUGUGAUGUAACACACGCAAAUAUUUUCUUCACUAGAAAAUAUCUCAUGUCUUUUCUUAAUGUACUAUAUUGUAAUUUUGAAAAUGCUUAUACCAAAGUUUUGCAACAGCUUAGAUUUAAUUCAAUCUACUCCUCUCAAGGAUCCAGACCCGGAGAAAAUGAAAAUAAAUGUUCUUCUGUAUCAAAUGAACAAAACAGUUUUAAAACCAAUGAAAACAAUCAUGAAAUCAUUCAUUAUACAACAGAUCAAAUGUUGAGUUUAUGCUAUUCAUAUGCUCAUGUUCUCCUUGUUAUAGCUAAGAAUUUAAAUGAAGAUGGGCGCCUAAUCUUCAAAGAUUUGUGUAUAAUGGAUUUUCUUAUUCAUGAAAUUUCUUUAGAAUAUGAGUUUUCUCAUGUUGUAGAAUCCGAAUUGUUUUGUAAAGUAGGAGCAAAGGAAAAAUCCAAUUGCAUCAAUUUUCAAGUCACAACCUCAAGAAAAGAUGCAAAUAUGACAUAUAGUGGAUUGAAUAUCUCAAAUCCAAAGACUAGACCCAUAGAAAUGGAUUGUGCUCUUCCAAGUCUUGCUCAAGAAUACAACAUUGGAAAUUCAAUUUCAAUGUCCCCAAAACUUAUGGUACAAAAGAUCAUGGAAAAAAAUACUAUUACUAUGCAAAGUCCAAUUUUGAUACCUGAAGAGUGUAUACUAGAUUCAAAAAGAAUGGCUACAAUAUGUGACAAUAAUACUUUUGAAAAAAAAGAUUUGUUAAAAUCUUCUUGUAAUAAUAUCUUUGGUGAUAAAAACUUGAGUGUUGAAAAUAGUAGCAGUACAAAUAAAACUUCUAGAAAGUGUGAUUACACUAGUAAAAUUUUUGUAUAUAGUGGUCGAUUUUUUGACUUAAAUGAAGAAGUUGAACAAGAGCUUGCAAAAGAAGAUGAUGAAAAUCAUGAGGAAUCACAUUCUUCAAUAUUAAAUAUGUAUAAUGAAUAUAGUGAGUUUGAACAAGAGACAAGAUUUGCAAGUAUUGAAUCUAAUAACAAUGAGGAUUCUUCUAUUUCAUCAACUUCUACUAUAUUUAGUGAAAGAGUGGAGAAGGUCAUUCCAUCUAUGACAAAUUCUCGACCAAAGAUACCCAAGCUAAAUCUCACAAAUGCCUUUGAUAAAAAUCAAUCAAUAUUUGAAGAGCACCUUCAUGCGCAUAAAAUUGGGCAUAAUUUUCUUAAAGUUGAAAGUGAGGGUGACAAAUGGAACAUCCCAAGUCCAAGUCAAAUUUCUUGUGACAAUGAACGAUCCAAGAGGCCCAUCUAUCAUAAUCUAAGCUUACAUGUCAUUUUAUUGGAACUGAUUAUCUAUCUUAUGUUAAGCCCAGAAGGUACAUUAGAAGUGUUUUAUUGUGACCGUUUUCCAAUGGAAAGUCAAAAACUUAAUGCACCAUUUUACUUAUUUUACCAUAUCAACCACACAGUUAACGAGAAUGUUGUAAAAACUUUAGCAAAACGUUUGGAUGCUUCUCAUAAAUCUGCAUUCCAAAUCUUGAAAUUAACAUGGCAAGCUUUAUUUGAUUCAUCUGUUUAUACUAAUCGAACCCAAAUUGCACAAGGGGUUCAGUCUCAGACAGGAAAAGAUGGACCUUUUUUUUUAUGGGUUGUUACCAUUGGUUCUUAUAACAAGGAAAAAAUAAAUUAAAAGUUGAUUGACAUGCCUAAAGGUCCUCAUGACCCAUGUAAUUUUUUUGAUGUAUACUCGGAAGUUCAGAUUUUGGAAAGGUUUUUAGGUGACUUCCGAGUUUGUCAAAUCAUAGAUUAUGGUGUUGAACAUGAUGCCUUUGUGUUGGUUCUCAAGCACUACAAGUGCAAUUUGAGAGUGUGGCGACAACAACACACUUGCAAUAACUAUUGUGCCAACAACAAUCAAAAUUCAAUACUAAUAGAUGAGCAACAAGAUUCAAUGUUAGUGGAAGAAACAUCUAAUGGAUCUUUGCUUAAAAGGCUCCCUUUGUAUCUUGAAAUUUAUGGAGCAGUUCUUCAAGCUGUGAAGGCUUUAGAAGUGCAAAAUAUAGUACACUAUGAUUUGAAAUGUGACAAUUUCUUGUUAGAGCCUUUAGAAACCAUACAAUCAAAUGAAGAAUUUUGGCAACCACAAUGGCCUCCACAAGAUGCAACUUGUGCAAUUCCAUUUCGUGUUUCAAUAGCAGAUUUUGGUCAAAGCAAAGCUUCUUUUGUUCAAGGAGGGGAAUGCACAACCCGCAACCGAGGCACAGAAUGUGUGAAGAGCCCCGAGAUGUUGAAAUUGUUGAGCAGAAAUGCAAGUGCAUCGUGUGAAACAUCCUCAAGCGUGGAUGACAAAAUCACAAUUGGCAAGGCGGGUGACAUUUGGGGGCUUGGGUGCCUUUUGUAUGAGCUCUUGACUGGAGAGUAUCUUCUGUAUGACAAUGAUUGGGUUCGCUUUUUCAUGCGCGUGACUCAAGCUACGGAGGAACUCAUAUCAGAUGAGAAGGCUGAAAAAUUAGAUAAUUGUUCCCCCAUUAUUGAGUUUUUGCAAUUUAUUCUCGUUAGAGAUCCACAUUCUCGGCCAUCGUUACAAGAUCUUGUGGUGAAGCUUGAGCAACUCCAAGAAAAGCUAAAGAUUAAGACAAAGAUUGAUAGCACAAGGGAAGACAUAUUUGGUGAUGAAGAUGAUAUUAAUGUUUUUGAAAUUGAACAAGAAAAACCAUCUUGUGAGAUGAUUGUUAUCCCUACUAAAAUCCAACCAUUAAAAUGUGUAAAUAAUUCAUUGCAAAAAGGGUACCAAAUUCCUAGUGGUACCACUACUCUACCAAAAUGUAGUGUUUAUGGAAAUUUACAAGUACAAAAGAUAUGUGUAGAAAAGAAAAAAAGAUGGUUUGUUCAAUUUUGGCAAGGAUGUUUGGCAUGUUGUUGGAGGGGCAAAAACAUAGUGCAAUAGGUUAGAAAUAAUCAUUUUUGUUAUGAAUUCCAUGCUACAAAUGCUUCAGAAAAUGAGUCAAAUUUUUGUGUUGUUGAAUAUGAUUUAAUUUGAAGCGUACAUUAUUGGCUUUAUUUCAAUUCAA